GGCACUGGCAGCGACUCAGAUGUUUCCAUAUUACAAAUUUGUCUACGUUUAUGGCGCAGAAGUUUCGAAAGUGGAGGCAGAGUUUUUGGCUUUCCACAAAAAAAACGACAUUGUGCUUUGCCUUUUGAUUGUCCCCUUGAUUGAGUAUUUACUUUUUAGGGCCUUGAUUUAUUGGAUAAUAUUUCAAUUUUUACUUUGAAGGUUGGCGAUUACUAGCGGAAUUUAUGGCUCUAGCGUCCUAGCACUGGAAAGGUGAUAUUUUCCUCCCACCUUUGACAGAAAAGCUGAAAAUGGCCGGACAGCCGCCGCCGUCGGGAAAUUUCCCGCUUCCAUCGGGGAUUCCUCUGCCGCCAUUCUCCAUGCCGCCGCCGGGCAUGCCCCCACGGGGGUUCCCUCCGUUCAUGCGGCCGCCGCCUGUGCUGCCCGCGGGAGGUGUCGCGGCGACCGCGUCCCCCGGCGGAGCUGCCACCCCGCCCGCCGCACCUCCCCCGACCGGCGCUUCCGGACCGGCGCUACCGGCCAAGGCGGACGCGCCCAAGACGUCUUGGACUGAACACCGGGCGCCCGACGGUCGCACCUACUACUACAACUCUGUCACCAAGCAGAGCGCCUGGGAAAAGCCGGAGGAGAUGAAGACGCCGACCGAGCUGCUGCUGGCCAAGUGUCCCUGGCGGGAGUACACAUCGGACAGCGGGAAGCCCUACUACAGUAACGUGGUCACCAAGGAGUCGCGCUGGACAAUCCCUCCGGAGCUGGAGGAGCUGAAGGCGCGCAUCGCCGCUCAGGAGGCGGCGGCCUCGAGUGCGUCUGACGCUGCUGCUCCUGCUGGCGGCGGUGGCGACACCAAGAAGUCGGCUCUGGAGGCGGCGAUGGCGGCCACGCUGGCAGCCAUGGACAUCCCGACCCCUCCAGCAGCUGCGGCUGAGACCAGCGAGUCGCCCGCAGAGGCCGCCUCGCGAAGCACAAGCGGCACUCCUGAGCCGCGCCGCGUGUUCAAAGACAAGCGGGAGGCGAUCGAAGCGUUCAAGGAUCUUUUGCGGGAGAAGGGUGUACCCAGCACAGCCUCCUGGGACCAGGCGCUGAAGCUUAUUCAGGGUGAUAGCCGAUACGAGACCCUGCAGCGACUGAACGAGAAGAAGCAGGCGUUCAACGCGUACAAGACACAGCGCGGCAAGGAGGAGAAGGAGGAGCAGCGGCUGCGCGCCAAGAAGGCCAAGGAGGACCUGGAGGAGUUCCUCCUCAGCGGCGACCGUAUCACCUCCAUGACCAAGUACUACAAGUGCGAGGAGAUGUUCGUCGACAUGGACAUCUGGAAAAACGUGCCGGACCACGAGCGGAGGGACAUCUACGAGGAUGUCGUCUUCACGCUGGCCAAGCGUGAGAAGGAAGAAAUGAAACAGAUGCGUAAGCGGAACAUGAAGGUGCUGUCGGAGAUCCUCGACUCGAUGGCGGACAUCACACACCUGACGACGUGGCAGGAGGCGCAGCAGAUGCUGCUGGACAACCCGCGUUUCGCCGAGGACACGGACCUGCUGGGCAUGGACAAGGAGGACGCGCUGAUUGUGUACGAGGACCACGUGCGCCAGCUGGAGGCCGACGAGCAGGAGGAAAAGGAGGCCGAGAAACGGCGCAAGUCGCGCCUGGAGCGCAAGAAUCGUGACGCGUUCGCCGCCCUGCUGGACGAGCUGCACGACCAGGGCAAGCUGACGUCCAUGUCGCUGUGGGUGGAGCUGUACCCGGUCAUCAGCUCCGACGUGCGGUUCUCCGCCAUGCUGGGACAGUCGGGAUCCACGCCACUCGACCUCUUCAAGUUCUAUGUGGAGGAUCUCAAAUCGCGCUUCCACGAUGAAAAGAAGAUCAUUAAAGAGAUUCUGAAAGAAAAGGACUUCGAAGUUCAGGUGACGACCACAUUCGAGGAGUUCGCCACGGUGGUCUGCGAGGACAAGCGAUCGGGAACGCUGGACGCAGGCAACGUCAAACUCACAUACAACUCGCUGCUCGAGAAGGCGGAGGCUCGCGAGCGGGAGAAAAUCAAAGAAGAGAACCGUAAACUGAAGCGGCUUGAGUCGGCGUUCAAGGGCAUGUUGCGCUCCCUGGAGGUGGAGCACGGCGCGGUAUGGGACGAGGUGCGCCCCAAACUGGAGAACGAGCCCGCGUUCAACGCUGUCGAGCUUGAGUCCGAGCGCGUCCGCAUCUUCAAAGAUUACCAACAGACACUCGAGGAUGCCUGCGGUCACCACCACUCAAAGUCCAAGAAGAAGAAGAACAAGAAGAAGCGCUCGCGGUCGCGCUCGCGCUCUCGGUCCGACUCGGAGGACGAGCGCCGCUCGCGGCGAAGGCGUCGGCGUCGCUCGCGCUCGGCGUCUCGCUCGCGCAGCGGCAGCUCGAGCGACGGCGGCCGGCGGCACGCCAAGAAGAAGUCGAGGCGGCGGCGGCGCAGCCGGUCGAGCAGCGAGAGUGGCGCGUCCGAGUCGGACGGCGGGCGCGGCGACCGGCGGCGGGACCGGCGCAGCCGCGACGGACCCGAGGAGGGCGAGCUGAGCGAGGACGAGCUGGAGAAGAAGCGGAUGGACCUGCUGGAGCAGCUGCGGGAGGAGUGAGCGGCACCGAUAUAAUUUCAUUGUACAAACGUCGGGCUCCAGACAUCAGAAUCACGCCGGCUGUGUGAUUCAUCUCAGAAUUACCCAGCACGUGAGUUAUAUGGAAAUUAAUUUUCCAUCACCUAUAGCUGGCCAUUUUUCGUCAUAUGUAUCAUAUUCGGUUGUGUAAUAAACUCCACUUCAA